GCAUCCUCCCCUCUCCCGAUCAAUUGCAGUUGCAGCUCAUGCGCCACACACGGACACACACCCCCUCUGGAAACCCAGGCCUCCCUCGGAUGCGGUGCCUGCCCUGCGCCGCGUCCACCACCGCGCCGGCCGCGCGCGCCGCUGCCAGGAGUGUCAGCCGCCGGAGGGUUGUCGUCGAGGGCGCCGCCUCGGCAACCCACGGUGGCGAGGAAGCGCCUCCGAGGUCAUCGAGGGAAACAUGUGAUCUUGAUGAAAUGUCAAGCAAAACCUUAUUGCUUAUGUCAAAGAGGAAGCUUAUCGCCUUGUCAGCCUUUUGUUUUAGCUUACAUUCGUCAAGGUACUUAUCAGCACUUGCUUUGGGUGAACCAUCUGUCAAAAUUGAGGAUGUGACUCCUAAGAUUUCCCCAUCUGGUCCAUUAUUUCCAACUGAGAAACGGAUCGCUGAACUUUUCGAAACAAAUACUUACUCAGUCGUCAAUAUUUUUGAUGCAACACUACGGCCACAGCUUAAUAUAACUGGCGUUGUGGAGAUCCCUGAAGGAAAUGGUUCUGGUGUAGUGUGGGAUGAUUCUGGACAUAUUGUUACAAAUUAUCAUGUGGUUGGCAGUGCUCUUUCAAAAAAUCCCAAGCUUGGCGAAGUCGUUGCUCGUGUCACCAUUCUUGCUGCUGAAGGGAUACAGAAAAGUUUCGAAGGCAAAUUGGUUGGUGCAGAUCGUGCUAAAGAUCUUGCUGUUCUUAAGGUCGAUGCUCCUACAGAUCUCUUGAAGCCAAUUAAUGUGGGGCAAUCAUCAGCCCUAAGAGUUGGUCAGCAAUGCUUAGCAAUUGGAAAUCCUUUUGGUUUUGACCAUACUCUAACUGUUGGUGUCAUCAGUGGUUUAAAUCGAGAUAUUUUCAGUCAAGCUGGGGUGACAAUUGGGGGUGGAAUUCAAACAGAUGCAGCUAUUAACCCUGGUAACAGUGGUGGUCCUUUGCUUGACUCAAAGGGGCAUAUGAUUGGUAUUAACACAGCAAUUUUUACACAGACAGGAACAUCUGCAGGUGUUGGCUUUGCCAUCCCAUCAUCAACUGUACUUAAAAUUGCUCCUCAACUAAUUCAGUUUGGAAAAGUCCGCCGUGCUGGCUUGAAUCUGGAAUUUGCUCCGGAUCCAAUUGCAUAUCAGCUUAAUGUUCGCAACGGAGCUCUUAUACUGAAGGUUCCUGCGAGCAGCGCUGCAGCCAAAGCAGGUCUGGCUCCUACGGGCAGGGGUUUCGCUGGCAACAUCGUUCUUGGAGAUGUCAUCAUCGCGGUGGACGGCAAACCUGUGAAGGGCAAAUCCGACCUGCUGAGGGUUCUGGAUGACUACGGCGUCGGAGAUCAGGUGACCCUGACGGUCCGGCGAGGCGCCGAAACCCUCGAGGUGAUCUUGCCCUUGGAAGAGGCGAACGUCUGAUGUAUCUCUGAAGAGAGAAAAGAAAAAAAGAAUCGCACGCCCAAGCUGUCGCGGUGUAAGUCUGUAGCAUGGAACGAGUCGAUUCAGGGCUCCUCUUCGCCACAGGGGUUCACUGCACUGCACAUGUACUGUAUGAGCUCCACUUGUUUUUUGUUAGCAUCAUGCCGCGAUCAGUCUGGUGUUUGUGAGCC